CGCAGAACUUGAAGUAUGUCAUAAUCAGCUGAUCGAAUAUAGUCGAAAAGAUGGUGAACGUGCUGCCGAUUAAAUUCGUUGUCAGAUAACUGUCAAAGGGGACAGCGCGUACGUGCACUGUUCGUUCAGAAAAACGACAGUAUUUUUCACAAAUGUGUACAUAAAUAACUGGAACUAAACAUGGCAUUUCUUGAGUGGAGACGCUUCAAUUUCUUCGAUCUUGAGAAAGAAGUCGACGGAGGGAAGAUCGCUCAGGCUCUUGGAGAUGCUCAAGUCACAGCAGCUACAAGUGGUAAUGGCAAUUUGGUCUUUGGAGAUAGCACGGGCAGUGUGCAUUUAGUCAAUAGAGCCUACGAUGUUACCACCUUUCGUGCAUAUGAAAUCACGUUAACGUUAGCUCAGCAAGUUGAACAUUCCACUUUCUUGUUCACCAUUGGUGAAGAUGAACCUGGUUGUAAUCCUACUAUCAAAGUUUGGAACUUAACUAAACCAGACAAGCAAGGCAAUCCAACAUGUGUUCGUAUAAGUAGGGCUAUACCCAGCUACAGAGCGGUUCCAGCAACUGCACUCUGUGUCCAUACUAAUAUGACUUUAAUGGCUAUUGGAUUCGGAGAUGGCUCUAUUAUGCUCUAUAGGGGUGAUUUAACUAGAGAAAGAAAAAACAAGAUAAAGGUGUUGAAAGAUACAAAUGCUUCCAUCACUGGACUUGCAAUAAGAACUAUGGGGAAACAAAGUCAUAUGUUCGUUGCUACACCAGACAGUGUCUUUUUGUAUAAUAUCACUGUAAAGGAUAAAGAAUUUAAGUCUUCCUUGGACAAUAUGGGUUGUGCCAGGAAAUGCAGUGUUCUCACAGAAUCUAUGCAAGAUAGUCACUUCAUGAUUGGUCGAAAUGAUGCAAUAUAUUGUUAUACGCCUGAUGGCAGAGGUCCUUGUUAUGCUGUAGAGGGUCAGAAAACAAUGUUAGAAUGGUUUAGAAGUUAUUUAGUAAUUAUAGCUAAAGAAGCUGCAAAUGUUCCAAGAAAAACCACCACCAUUUCUGCAAAACCAAGUACCAUAGAACCAAUACCCGUAGGUGCAGAUAAACAUGUGAUCACAGUACUAGAUAUACAAAACAAAUUCAUUGUCUUCUCUGCGCCAAUGCUUUCUGUGCAAGCUGUAUUAUCUGAAUGGGGUGGAUUUUUUAUACUCAGUGGAGACAGUAAACUUUAUCACUUGGAUGAAAAAGAUUUACAAUCCAAAUUAGCUUUACUUUUCAAAAAGAAUUUGUAUGAUGUAUCUAUAAGAAUAGCUAAAAAUCAACAAUACGAUGCUGAGGGUCUCGUAGACAUAUUCCGGCAAUACGGGGACCAUUUGUAUUCAAAAGGAGAUCACAAUGGUGCCAUAGAGCAAUACAUAAAAACCAUUGGCAAAUUGGAACCUUCUUAUGUAAUCAGAAAAUUCUUAGAUUCUCAACAUAUAGAUAAUUUAACUACUUACUUGCAAGCUCUACAUAAAAACGGUCAAGCAACAGAAGAUCGCACUACAUUAUUAUUAAAUUGUUAUACAAAACUAAAUCAUACAGACAAAUUGAAAGAAUUCAUCAUGACGAAAGACAGGGAGGUCGAUUUCGACGUGGAAAUUGCAAUAAAAGUCUGCCGUCAAUCAUCACCCGAAGAUGCUUUGCUUCUUGCCCAAAAGCAUGGCCAACAUGAGUGGUAUCUUCGCAUUCAAAUAGAGGAUAAACAUGAAUAUAAGAAAGCUUUAGAAUACAUGGAAACUUUGGAGUUCGAAGAAGCAGAGUCUAACAUGAAGAAGUACGGCAAUAUUCUUAUAGAAAAUGUACCACAUGAAUCUACACAAUUUCUGAAGGCCUUAUGUACCAAUUAUAGACCUUCCAAUAAACCUCUUGUAGAUCAGGAAGCUCUAGAUGGCACAGUGGACCAAGAGAUUGAUAAAGCUAAUCCGGAAGAUUUCAUUCACCUUUUUCUCAAUAAUUCUGAGCGUCUCGUAGAAUUCCUAGAACAUUUAGUGAAAACUAAUACUAAAUGGAGUACUAUGGUAUACAAUACAUUAGUAGAGCACUACCUGCAUGUAUGGUCAGCCUUGGAUAACGAUGUAGCGAAAGUACAAUACGAGCAGAAAAUCGUUAGGCUUCUACAAAGUUCAGAGGCGUGUUACGAUAAAGAUCAGAUCCUAAUCUUGUGUCAUCAACAUAAUUUCAGACGCGGAUUGCUUUUCCUUUACGAAGAAAGUAAACUAUAUCAAGAAAUAUUGCGGUUUCAUUUGCGAGAAGCUGAUAGCGAGCAAGUUCUAGCUACUUGCAAACGGUUCGGUCAUCAGGACCCAAAUCUAUGGGUUCAAGCACUGUGGAGUGUAGCUAGAAAUAAGGAAGCUCCAGCUAAGCUUCUGGCGGAUAUUCUAGCAUACAUAGCGCAAGAAAGACUUUUGUCACCGUUAAUGGUUAUCGAUGCAAUUUCAACUUCACUCUCCUGUACCUUGGGCGAUGUUAAGACUUACCUAAACAGUGUCCUACGAACAGAACACGAACAAACUCAAGCGGAUGUAGAAUUGACUGAGAAGUAUCGAGCAGACACUCAAAAAAUAAGAGAACAAAUUGAAGCCAUUAAAAACAGCACGAUAAUUUUCCAAGGUGCGCGUUGUAGCGCAUGCCAUCACCAGUUGGAACUACCGUCAGUGCAUUUUAUGUGUCAACAUUCGUAUCAUCAACACUGUUUCCAAAGUUUCUCAGAGAACGAAAAUGAAUGUCCAGCCUGUUUGCCGAACAAUAAACAAUUACUGGACAUAAUUAAAGCGUUAGAACAGUCGAAAGAUCUUCACGAAACGUUCCAUACUUUGCUUGAUCGAGCUGAGGAUCCGUUUUCAUUAGUUGCCGACUAUUUUGGGCGUGGAGUGUUUAAAAAAUUAAUGGUAAUUACUGACACAGACAAGUUGUUACCAACAGGUUCUUCGAAAUUCGAGGAACCAAAGUUAAAUUACGGACCAGGUGCGGAAGCGAAAAUUAGGUUGACGGAAGGAAAAAAUUCAACCUUAGGAAAAGUGGAAACUUAUCGUCCUGUAGACAAUUUCCCCACAGCAGUGGAAGAUCGUAUGCGAUCAUUCCCGAAAUCUGACAUCUAUUCCUCGUCCUUAGAAGCAAAUAUUUCUGGUACCGGAAGUGGCGUGUCAACCCCUCGUGGAAAUUCGAGGAAAGCUUCACCGGUGCCCAUCAGAUAUUUAACUAUAUUAAAUAAUACUCCGCCAAAAUCAUCGCCGGUACAAAAGUCGUUUGUACCUCCGAAAACACCUGCCGUAUCGUCCAAUCCGUUCAUAAGGGAGUACGACGAGUCGAAGAAUCCAUUUGCAGAGGACAAAGACGACGAUGAUAAUGCUAAUGCCAUUGAUGGCGACGAUGAUAAAACCUAUGACAAAAAUUUAUCUCCGUUCGGUAGAUAAACAGCGUUUCCGUUUGUUUUUU